AUGAAAAACCGAAGGAAAGAUAUAUUUGCACAGGAGCCGAAACUAAUAGCCGUGGUGUCGUGCUGGGCGUGUAUGAGCCGUAUAAAGCCGCAAACAAUUUUAACUUCACGCUUGAAACGCAACAAAAUCCCGGUUUUGGGCGAAGCUGCGAUAUACAACGACUUGGACGUUUCGGCUGCGCUCGUAGCUCUAGUGGGCCUCGGCAGCGAGCACGCAGGCUACGAUUUAGUCAGGAAGUACUGUCGAAAAAAGGAGAACACCAGGAUUGCCGCGGGAGUCGGAACCAAAGAAUUGCAAGACCGGGGCAUUUCGCAGAUAUUCAUUGAGGAGAUGGACGAUUUUCAGUCGGCGUUUGAAGGCGCGAUACUCGCCAGCUAUAACAAUGAUGAGCAGAAGAAGGAUUGCGAUAAAGAGAUACCCCACUUUUCAACCGCCGGCUCUGCAACUAGUUCCAGUUCUAUAUGCACAGGAGACUUGGACAACCUGCAAAAAGACAAAGCCACUCUGGGUAUGCUCUACGCAGAAACGCAAAAUUUCGUUAGACGACUAAUGACCGUGCCCACCAACGUGAUGAAUCCAGAAUAUUUCGUCCACGAAGCAAUAAAAGUCCAUAACAAGAACAUGAACGGCAUCUUGGCACUAAGUGCUGGGUCCUAUGCCCCAGCUAAAUUCUUAGACAUCAGCUACAAUGGUUUCGCCUGCUUCGAGACACAACCCGUCGUACUGGCCGGUCAAGGCGUAACGUAUGCGAUUCUAAUAUGA